AUGGACGAGAAGGCGAGUAGCAAGAUCAAAAAGUUCCAGAAGGUGGUCCGCCACUUGCUUCUUCUUUCGCGACAGGCGGCGGAUAACGGGCAGGAGGUGAUCUGGCUGACACACCCUUCCUCAUCUGUGUGGCACCUUCCAGAGGUGAUGGCCUUCUGGAAGGCCAGGUCGAGUGGACCUUUGAUGCUUGGCAACGAAACCGUGAAGGUAACCAGCACCAGCGCUGCCAUUCAGAAUACCUUCUCUACUACCACCUCUGAGGGCUUCUUUCAGGUCACAGCAGAGUUAGACCAGAACCGUGCUGCCAGUCAGAAUACCUUCUCUACUACCACCUCUGGGGCUUCUGAAUCCAUAUGGACGUGGUUAGCAAGGACAAUUUCCAGACCUCAUGGAGAUCUGAUGUGGGCUGAGGAUGGUGAGAUCUUCCCUAUUGACACUUCUGUGCUGGAGACCUUGGAGCCACCUAAACUUCAGAAGUUAAUGGAGGAUGUGAAGAAACUUCAUCGACGAUUUGGCCACCCGUCCAAUCGGCUGCUUGUCAAGAACCUUCAAUCACGUAAUGCAGACCCUCUGGUCAUCGCUGCCGCUUCUAAGUUGGAGUGCGAUGAGUGUUUGGAAGGCCGCAUCAAGAUGCCAAGCCCCGCAGUCAACCUGGAACGCUCAGAACGGCUAUGGUCGUGCUUGCAGGUGGAUGGAUGGGACAUGAAGUUCAAUGGACUGUUGCACCACUUUGUGCUCCUUGUGGAUGAGGCCAGCGGCUAUGCUGUGAUUCGAGAACUGUUCCGCAUCCCAGACGACCAGAGCAGGAAUGCAACAGGGCAGGAGAUCAUCGACACCAUCCAAGAGGCUUGGAUCCAAUACUUCGGCUACCCAGAGACCGUGAAGAUGGACUUAGAGGGAGCUCAUCGGUCCAAGAAGUUGCGUGAGUACUUCCAGGAGCAUGGGGUCGACUUGGUGCCGGCGCCGGCUGAGCAUCACGAAACCAUUGCUCAAGCCGAAAGGGCAAUCGGAAGUUUGCGCCUUAAAGCGGAGGCAUUCCUCAGGGGAUCUCCUGUGGACGCCAAGCACGCAGCUGUUGCGAUGAUUGCGGCCCACAACUCGUUGGCAAGAGUGCACGGAUUUUCUCCGCUACAGUGGGCAUUGGGGAGAGAUUGGUCGCUGGAGGUCGCUUGUUGGACUCGAACAACGACGAGAUCUCCAUCGACAGAUCCUCCUCAUCUACUUGGCAAGUCCGAAAGGAUGCGGAGAAGGCCUUCCUUGAGCAUCGUGCGCGAGAGCAAGCCACUCGAGCGAAGAACUCCAGGACAAGCGAGUACACGCAGUACCUCCCUGGGAGAUUUGAUUUUUUCUCGAAGGCUCCAGCAUCCUGCAGAUCUUCCAGCAAACAGCAUGCUCGACUACCCAAGGUUGCGAACUGCGCGCUGGUAUGGCCCUGCUCGUGUCCUCGCUUGUGAAACCAAGAUAGAUGGAAGCUCCCGAAGACCUUCUGCGAUGUUGUGGGCGAUUGCUGCUGGACGGUUGAAAAAGUUCCACGCCAGCCAGGUCCGUCACGCUUCAGAGUCGGAAAGGUUGGUGAGUAACGCUACGUCGGUGACAACCUUCCCCUGGACCUUUUCGUCUUUGACAUCGUUGCUUCAGAAAGGGGCCUAUGAUGAUGAGACUCGAGCAAAAAGGCGGACUUGGGGAAGAUCCUCGCGGGUGAAGAACAAGGCACGGGAGAACAAAGAAGCUCCUGGACCUUCCCGUCGAAGGACAGUGCCAACAGCCACUCCUCAACAUGUUCGUGAUGCCCCGUCCGAUGAGGAGAUGGUCCCUGAUCAGGAAGAUAGACUGAAGCGACCACCACCUCCGGCGGAAGAGGAUGAGUUGGACAUCGAUCGCCUGCUCGACGAUGUGACUUACCUGCCCUCUGGACAACGUGGACCCGUCACCUUUCAAGAGCAGCGAGCUUCUCAUGAGCGAAGUGAUAGACCAUGGCAUGUUCAACGUGAAGCCUCUGCGUUGUGGGUGAAAGAAGACUUCUCCAGCGUGCUGUUUUCGGUUACCUUGGAGAUUCCCGAAGACCCUAAGGCCUGGAAGAAGAUCCUUAAGGACCCUUCGAAGUUCAUGGUCAAGAAUGUGCAGAAAGGCGUGGAGGUUGCCUAUCAUAAGCUCAACGAGAAGCAGAAGCUGGCCAUGAACGCUGCUAAGACCGCUGAGAUUGAGUCCUGGUUGGGUGAUAAGGUGGCGAAGGCAGCAUGUCCCUCCAUCACUGAGGAGCAGUGCGUGAGGAUGAGAUGGUUAUACACCUUCAAGGCAGCCGGCGAGGAGCCCACUGAGAAAGGGAAGGCAAAAGCAAAAGCGAGAAUUGUGGUCUUGGGGUUCUCUGACCCGUCCCUUUUGGAGAGGACCGCAUCCAGUCCGGCAAUGUCCAGGUUGAGCAAGAUGCUGCUGUUGAACAUGGCCACGGCAAGAAGGUGGAAGAUCUUGGCUGGAGAUGUCAAGACGGCCAUGAAGCUGAGCGAGGGUCAGAUGAUCAAACUUCUCGGAUCCGCCUACGGACUCACGUCCGCUCCACGGGAAUGGUUCGAUGACUUCGCAACUACAUUGCGGAAGCUGGGAGCUCAGCAGAGCAAGACUGACCCUUGCCUCUGGACCGUGCAAGGCACGGAGGGCCAGGUCAGUGGACUUCUCGGAGUGCAUGUUGAUGAUGUGCUUUUUUCCGGAGAUGAGGGCUCGGCUACUUGGACAACUUUCCUCCAUGACCUCCAUUCAUCCUACAAGUGGGCUUUGUGGGAAGCGGAGAACUUCCUGCACUGCGGGCUGAGGCACCAGCAGUUCUCGGAUGACUCUGUGAUGUUGGACCACUCGGAGUUCUGUGGAAACUUGAGUCAGAUGCCUUCCCGGAAAAAGGGUGAGGAGAUGCCGUUGUCCGACAAGGAGGUCAGCCAAGCCAGGGCUAUCCUAGGGUCAGCCCAGUGGCGUGUCACGCAGUCUGGACCACAACAUGCUGCGAAGCUGAGCUAUCUUCAGAGCUUCCUGGCCACGAAGCACUGCUCGGCAGUGGAGCAAGUGAACAAGCUCGUGAGAGAAAUCUACGCCUCUCGACAUGUCAGUGUGCGGGUGCAGCAGCUUAACUGCGAGCAUCCGGAGCGCUUGAUGAUGGUCGGCUACAGUGACGCUUCGUUGGCGAAUCGGCCUGACGGCUCUUCUACUGGGGGCCACCUUUUUGGCUUCAUGCAUCCGGAGGACUUUGCCAAAGGGACCGGGAAGCUGAACCCCUUAGGGUGGAAGUCCUCGAAGCUGAACCGGGUCGCUCGUUCAAGUUUGUCUGCAGAAGUUCAGAGCCUUGCGGACCUGGAGCAGGAGAUGAUGCUUGCGAGGCUGACAUGGUGCGAGCUGCUGGGCAAGGAGAUUGAUCUGGCGAACCCGGCAGCGGCGGUGAGGACAGUCCCCGCGUCCAUGGUCAUUGACGCCAAGGCCGUGUAUGACGUCUUGGACCGGGAUGCCGUGUUGUCUGCUUCCGUGGGGAUUAAGGACAAGUACUCCGCGCUGGAGCUGGCAGCGCUUCAACAGCACAUCGCAGAACAAGGAACCUUGGUCCUGUGGUGCGACUCUGACCGGCAGUUGGCUGACGGCUUGACGAAGAGCUCUAAGCAAGAUGUCAUCAAGAACUUCUUGGUGACUGGGACCUGGACUCUCAGGAUGGACGGUGCGUUCAUCUCAGCCAAGAAGCGGAAGGCUAUGAGUAGGGAAGGGCGCUCCACCCCUGAGCCAUAG